AUGUCUUCACUUAUCGAUAACAACAACAAUACACUUCAUCAUCAUCAUCACCAUGAUCAUCAUCAUGCCAUACAACCUGAUGAAUUGGUUGACGAGGCAGCUGCUGCAGCAGCGACUGGUACUACUACAUGUGAAGAUCAAGGGUUGAUACAACACCACAGUCACCUGCAUCAUGACGAACCAAUACAUGCAUAUGAUGAUGGUCAGCAACUAGAACACCAUCAUCAUCAACACCAUCAUCAACAUAUCCACCAUCAUAUAAAUGAUGACGUUGUGAUGAUUGCCAAUAAUACUGAAGGUCAAGUGGUAGAAGAUGAGAUGGAUCAUCAUCAACAUCAGCAACAUCAUCACCACAAUGUCAUCCAAGAUGACGAACAUCAUCAUCAUCACCAUCACCUUCAACAUCAUCUUCACCCACAAUCAGAUCUGAUGAUUGAACAACAACAACAACAACAACAGCAGCAGCAGCAGCAACAUCAGCAACAACAACAACAACAACACAUUGACGAACAUCACUCUGCGCAAAAUCAACAACAACAAUCAAUGGAAUUGGAAGAAGAAGAAGAAGAAAAGAGAGGAAUCAAACGCAAUAUUUAUGAACACCAAGAUAUAGUAACAACGACGACAUCCAAAGACGAAUUAUUGAAUGGUAGUGGUAGUGGUGGUGGUAUGUUGGUUCAACCACCUGACCAUCAAAUCUAUCAACAACCAACAAUAUCUACAUCGAUACAUAUACCUACCCAUGUGGUUCAACCUAUUCCUACUCAAUCUCCACAACUAACAAUUGUUCAACCUCAACCUCAACAACCUCAAAACAAUCCUGUAAAUUUUAUUCACCAACCUAUUGCCACGUCCUCCUAUCCUGUUGCUAAGCCAUUCACUCAGACGGCCACUGUCGUUCAGUCUCCACCUCUUCCUCUUCCUCCUCCCCCUCCUUUAUCCCCUUCAUCACCUCCAUCUCCGCGAUCAUCUCCACCACAACAACAACCAUUAUUGAAACAAUUACAACAACAACAACAAGCCAAGGAAAAGACAUCAAACGCAAUCAAACAAAAAAAAUAUCGUGACGGUCUUAAAAAGAAACACGAAGAGGCAGAUCGACGUUUGAACAAUCUCAUCCAAGACAAUAUAAAUCUUCAACAACAAGUUGAAGCCAGUGACAAUAAUAGGAUUCAACUUGAAAGAGAUAACCAAAAAUUAAAAUUAAUGAUCUAUCAUUUACAACAACAAAAUAAUAAUAAUAAUAAUAGUAAUAAUAGUUCAUCAGAAGUCAUUGAAACUUUUCCUCUACUUUCUCAAUCCUCCUCUUCCACCUCAACUUUCACAACUUUUGAUACUUUAUCAACACAUCAACAAAUUCAAAUGAUCAAACAAAGAAGAAAAUUAAGUUUUACAUCUAACCUUGGAAUUAAUAAUAAUAUUAAUAAUAAUAAUAAUAAUAAUAAUAAUAAUAAUAAUAAUAAUAAUAAUAAUAAUAAUAAUAAUAAUAAUAAUAAUAAUAAUGAAAUAGAAAGAAUAGAAGAAUGUAUAGGAAUAUCUGAUGAAUUAUAUCAUUCGAAUUUUAAAAAGGAAUGGUUUCCACUUGAUAGUAGGACAAUCAUUUAUAAUUUACAAGAUGAGUUGUUGGUGAGCACUCGAGCAUUGGAAUGUAACAACAAAUCUUGUUUUGGUGUUUGUGAAAACUGUGAAUCCAUUAGAAAUCAAUAUAUAACAAAGAGAAGUGAAAUCAAUCAUCAACAUCAACAACAACAUGUUUAUGAACAAUCUGGAAUCACCAAUCAACAUGUUGCUGAUCAGCAACAAGAAAACAUUCCUCUAAAUGAUUCCACUACAUCUACUACAACAACUACAAUCCAACCAGAAAAACAAUCAUCAACAACCAUCAUAGAUGAAAAUCAAAAUAAUGCAACCAGCAAAAAGAAACGACAAAAAAGAACAGACACUUUAAAAGAAAAAAGAAAAGGAAAAGAAAAUAGUAAAGACAAUAAUAAUAAUAAUAAUAAUAAUAGUAUGGAAGAUAUUGAAGAAAUUAUUCCAUCCUCUAAAUCUUUACAAGAAUCCUCCUCUCCAACAACUACUCAAACAAUAAGUUCAUUUCUUCCAAGGAGAUCAUCAUCACGCAAGUCUUUUAAUAAUAAUAAUAAUACAUCUGGUGAUGAUGAACCAAACCAAAAAGAUGGGAUGACGAUUCAUCAAAAUCAAUAA